AUGCGCUUCACCACUGCUCUCAUGCUUGGCCUGGCUGCCCGAGGCGGUCUGGCCCAGAGCUCCGCUGUCAUCGCCCCCGUACCGACCUCAGCUGUUGUUGUUGUGCCCACAUCGCAGGCACAGGCACCGACGAGCGCUGCUCGACCUGUUGCCAGCAGCCAGGCUCCCGUCCAACAGAGCUCUGCUGCUCCUGUCCAGUCUUCGGUAGCAGUUCCCACAUCGGCGGCGGCCACUUCCGUUCCAGUCAUCGCCUCCUCGGUAGUACAGGCCAGCUCCAAUGCCGUACAGAGCAGCGUUUCUGCCUCGCGAUCGCAACAAACACAAAGUGCCGUGGUCUCCGUCGUCUCGAGCGUUGUUGGUGUCACGACUGUCGUCAGCGGAUCGACCAUUGUUGGAUCAACCCUCGUCCAGGUCACAACGACCGCCACCCGAGCUUCGGGCACUGCUACUUCGACCGCCUCCAGCGCUUCAUCCAGCAUUGCAUCUGCCCUUCCUGUGCCUAUGAAGGACUCAGUGCUGACCCAGAACACUCAACUCACCCAGGUGGAGGGACAGCCUGCAGUAAUCAUGAACGCUCCCACCUGGGGCCAAGCAUCGUACUACGUCAACGCCGAGAAGCCCAAGGACGUCCCCCAGACCGAGAAGGUCAGGAUCCUCGCCACCCUCCUCAUCACGACUCCGGCCGCCAAGCGAUCCUGGUGGAAGCGCCAGUCCACCGCCGCGGGCUGCGACCUGAGCCUGACCGUCGACGGCACCCAGGCCUACCAGACCAGCCUCAGCAAGGACAGCACCACCUCCCAGGGCGGCAAGCUGGAGCUGAGCAGCGAGGCCGUCCAGGCCGGCACCCAGCAGCCCAAGCUCGAGUUCGCCCAGACCUGUCGCCAGGAGCCCGUCCAGGUGACCGUCUACCAGCUCACCAUCACCGGCGAGAAGAGCAACGUCCAGACCCCCAUCAACCCCAACCAGGUCAACAACAACACCAACUCGGGCAACAACUCGAGCGGCAAGGACAAGGACGGCGCCGGCUCCUCUCUGGCUGCCGGUAGCUUUACCGCCCUCUGCGUCGCUGCCGCCGUCGCUCUUUUCUUGUAG